CGUCACGUGCCCCAACCCGACACCGGUCUUGUCUUUGGUCGGCCGGAAUAAUAUCUGACUGAAUUAUCACAGAACAUAUCCAAGACUCGAAACAAUACGUCAGUACUUUGCCUGACCCAAGCGUUCAUAACGCAAGACUUUGUUUCCGGAAAAACUCGUCCCGGUGCACUUUGAGGCUUCCGCAGCUAUCUUAGCUUAGCCUAGCUUAGCUUCCGAGCUGUGAACAAAAAGACGCGUUUGUUUGCAACACAGCGCACAACAAGCAGAAAUUAGGUUUCACUGAAAUUAUUUUAUGAAAAUGUGUGCACAAAGUGUGAAAGAAGAGUACGAGGAGCAACAUUGUGGAAUAAAAGAGGAGAGCGAGAGUUCACGUCAACGUUUGGACGGCGUUUUCAAGAAGCCUCAAAUUGGAUUACACAACGCAGAUACCACCGAAGAAGAUCUUCAUGCUGGGCAGAAGUGCCACCACAUCAAAAAGGAAGAGAAGCCUGAGCACGUGUGCAUGAAAGUGGAGGAGGCUGAAGAUGAGUUGCCUUUGUCUUGUGUCAUUGUCAAGAUUGAAGGCGAUGAAGAAGAGGACGAUGAUGAUGACUGUUGUGGAGACAGCCUCUUUGCUCCACUAUCAGACACAACACCAGACACUCGUGAUGACGACGACCACCAUGAUAACCUUGAAAAACAUUCCCAAAGUCAUAUUACAUGCCACACUGACAACAGACGCUUGCAGUGCUCUCAGUGUGACAAAACCUUGGGUACUAAGUAUGCUUUGAAAGUGCACAAGAAAACACACGCUGGAGAGAAACCUUUUUCCUGCUUGUUUUGUGACAAACGUUUCUCUGUGAAAGGAAGUUUGAUAAGACACGCAAGAACACACACCGGGGAGAAGCCUUUUGCCUGUUCAAUUUGUGGUAAAAGAUUCACCCAGAAAGGAUAUUUGGGGACACACACAAAAACACACACUGGAGAGAAACCUUUUGCCUGCUCAGUGUGCGGUCUUACACUAACUCAAAAAUCGAAUUUAAUCAUUCACAUGAGAACGCACACUGGGGAGAAACCUUUUGCCUGCUCAGUUUGUGGUAAAUGCUUCUCAAUCAAGAAAAGUUUAAUAAGUCACACAAGAACACACACCGGGGAUAAACCUUUUGUCUGCUCGGUUUGUGGGAAUAAAUUCUCUUCAAAGGGACCUUUAAGAAGACACAUGAGAACACACACUGGUGAGAAACCUUUUUCCUGCUUAGUGUGCGGUCUUAAAUUAACGCAGAAGAAUAAUUUAACCAAACACAUGAGAACACACACUGGGGAGAAACCCUUCGCCUGCUCAGUUUGCGACAAAACAUUCACCCAGAAGGCACAGUUGAACACGCACACCAGAACACACACUGGGGAGAAACCCUUUACCUGCUCUGUCUGCGUCUACAGUUUUAGUGAACGUUCAAAAUUGGUGCGGCACAUGAGGACACACACUGGCGAGAAAGUGUACAGUUGCAAUGUGUGUGAUGAGAAAUUCUUACACAAAUAUCAGCUUGAUAAGCAUGGCUGUUUUGGUCAACCAGUGAUGGCCCUCAAUAUCAUUUUGACUUUUGAUGACGCUCCUUUAAGUUGGUUUGGGUCACUGUCCGCCAUCGCAGACGUCGCUCGGCGGACCUUAGGUGUGAAAAUGUGUCAAGUGGAACUCCUGAGGGCGUUGCUGAAUCAGCGACUGAGUGCGGCCGUCGACGAAGUAUUCGGAGUUGUUGCAAGAACCAUCGCCGAGUACCAGGAGGAACUCUGUCGGUCAAAAGAGGAGAAUGCGCGUCAGCGUCAGCUGCUGGACGCUGUUCUCAAGCCGCACGUUGUGCUAUACAAAGAAGAGAGUUCCAGUCAAGAAUGUCUUUCCCCGAAUCAGCAAGAAGGGAUCUCCACGGUGGAACCACGGCAGCCUGAGCCUCCCCGCAUCAAAGAGGAAGAGGAGAAGGCCGACGUCACCCAAUUGCCAUUGGCUCCUUUUCCUUUGAGGCUUGAUGCCGAGGCUGAAGAAGAAGAUGACGUAGACCGCUGCGGAGCGUCCCGAGCUGCCAGCCUCUCAGCUCCACUCUCAGAUUCGGAUGACAUCACGUUGCACUCUUUCGACGCCGAUGGUGACAAACAUUCUAAGAGUGAUACGGCAGGUCGCACUGCCGGUAAACGCUGGAAAUGUUCCCAUUGUGGGAAAACAUUUGACUAUAGCAGCGAUCUGAUCAAACACAUAAGAACGCACACGGGAGAGAAACCAUUCAAGUGUUCGGUUUGUGGCAAAAGUUUCACCCACAAGGGAAAUUUGACCGUGCACACACGGACGCACACUGGAGAAAAACCGUACGGCUGCUCAAUCUGCAACAAAAGUUUUACUGGCCACUCGGCAUUAACUAAACACGCCCGGAUACACACCGGGGAAAAGCCUUUCAGGUGCUCAGUGUGCGGUAAACGCUACACGCAAAACGAAACUUUGAAGGCUCACUCAAGAACCCACACUGGCGAGAAACCGUAUUCCUGCUUAGUCUGCAACAAACGCUUCAGUUCACAUUCGUCGUUUGCCCGACAUCGAAGGACGCACAGUGACGAAAAACCCUAUUCUUGCUUAGUCUGUAACAAAAGCUUCCGGUCUAAUUCAGCCUUUGCCCGACACAGAAAAAAACACAUUGGAGGCAAAGUGUUCAGUUGCGCCGCGUGCAAGAAGACAUUCCCUCGCAAGUACCAAGUGAAGACACACAAGUGCGUUGCGCUCAAUGAAGCCGCGGGAACUUAAAGGCUUUGGAAACUUUUGACUUCUUCCACGUGAACUUGAACUCUGAAAGGACUGGCCCGCUGGCUUCGCGGUGCAUUCCAUGAUGACUUUCACUGGCGGGUUUGAUAUGUUCUGAAAAAUAUACACAA